GAAAAAGAAAAGAGAAAAAGAAAAAACGACUUGAUCGAGAAGUAAGGUCGAAGAACAAAAGCACCCAACACCAAAAUCCAGUCUUUCAUUCUCCGGCAAUCCCUCCUCUUUCACUUCCGUAUUUGAAUAUCGCUCUAAGUUUCUUUGGAGUAGAUUCUCAGCGCCAUGGAUCUCAACAUGGAUCUCAAUGCUCCUCACUCCAUGGGUACUACCAUCAUUGGCGUCACAUACGACGGCGGCGUUAUCCUCGGCGCGGAUUCUCGUACCAGCACUGGUGUCUAUGUGGCUAAUCGUGCAUCAGACAAGAUUACAAAGCUUACUGACAACGUCUAUGUUUGUCGGUCUGGCUCGGCUGCAGAUUCUCAAAUUGUCUCUGAUUAUGUGCGUCACUUCCUUCAUCAGCAUACGAUACAGCUUGGCCAGCCUGCAACUGUUAAAGUGGCUGCAAACCUUGUUAGGCUAUUAGCAUAUAACAACAAGGAUAUGUUACAAACUGGCCUUAUUGUUGGUGGAUGGGAUAAGUAUGAAGGUGGUCGAAUCUAUGGUAUUCCUCUUGGUGGAACGAUAAUAGAGCAGCCAUUUGCUAUUGGAGGAUCUGGCUCCAGUUACUUGUAUGGAUUUUUUGAUCAAGCAUGGAAAGAAGGAAUGACCAGGGAAGAAGCUGAGCAAUUGGUGGUUAAGGCCGUUUCUCUUGCCAUUGCCCGAGAUGGUGCUAGUGGUGGUGUUGUCCGUACUGUUACUAUCAAUUCCGAGGGAGUGACAAGAAAAUUCUAUCCUGGUGAUCAGCUACCGCUCUGGCACGAGGAAUUAGAGCCUAAAAAUUCGUUACUGGAUGUGCUGAAUGCUUCUAGCCCCGAACCGAUGAACAUAUAAACACUAAUGCAAGGAUCUUUGCCAAAAGUUCUGGUAGUUAUCUGGUUAGGCUAUUCUACUUUUCUGGAAACAAGAGAAAAAAGAACCUGCUUAAUCGCAUUUGUUCUCUUCACUCAGUACCUCUUUGUAAACCUUAUUAUUAUUUUUUUAUUUUGCAUGAGUUUUCAAUGUACCAUGUUUGAAUUUAGUCCUGGUAUAUGGCACAUGCUUGUUGCUGGUGGCAUAUGAAAAGAUUGUAACAUCGUUAUUGUGAUUAAUCUUGGGAUUAUAGGUAGUAAUAUAACUGGUAUUACCUGUA